UUCUUUGACUUUUACAGAAGCGUAGCAUCCAAAAUAAGUGAAAUAUGGGUGAUUUACAGAUUGUGGACAAGAGUUUACGCUCUGUUUUUGUUGGUAACAUUCCGUAUGAAGCGACGGAGGAGAAGUUGAAGGAGAUUUUCUGGCAAAUCGGCCAAGUUUUAUCCUUCAAAUUAGUUUACGACAGAGAAACAGGCAAGCCGAAAGGAUAUGGAUUUUGCGAAUACCCCGAUCAAGCAACUGCUUUGUCGGCGAUGCGAAAUUUGAACGGAUUUGAAAUUGGUGGCAGAACACUGCGAGUUGACAAUGCGUGCACGGAAAAGUCACAACUUGAAUUGCAAAAUUUGGCUGCUGGGCCACAUACUCAGCCGUUGUACGGAGAAGAAGUAAAUCCAGAACAGGCUCCUGAAAUAAUUUCAAAGGUGGUUGCAUCGACAGCUCCUGAACAACUCUACGAACUGAUGAAGGAAAUGAAGGAGUCGAUAUCCUGUUACCCGGUGGAGACGGAAAAUUUCCUGCGACAAAAUCCGCAGUUGGGUUAUGCUUUGGUUCAAGCAUUGGUGAUGAUGGACUUGCUGGAUACAGAAACUGCUACGUCCUGGUUGCACCCCGCAAAUAAGUUGCCACCAAUUCUUAAACCCCCGACCGGAAUGCCACCUAUGGUUGGGCGGAUGGGAAUACCUGGCAUGCCUGGAUACGCACCCCCAGGAUCCGGCCCAUUUGGAGAGAGAGGAGAUAUGGAUUUGAGGCAGCUGUCUUCAGCCCAAGCAGCAGUUGGUGUUCCUCUGACAAUUGGUGGUGUGAUGGGCGGGGGUCCAGAUAUGGACUUGCGAGCGAUGGGGUUUCCAGGGAUCCCUGGGGUGCCUCCGCCGCCUCGUUUCCCCGCAAGAGGGGGUUACAUGCACCAGGAUUCUCACACUUUCCGUCCCGGAAUGCCACCCAUGUCAGCCACUCCGCAGAUGGCCAAAGAGAACCUGGCCUUUUCUCUGCCACCCGAGUUGCGUCACUUGGCUGAUCAAGACGAAGAAAAGGCGAAUUUGAUUCUGCAGGUUCUUCAGUUGACUGACGAGCAGAUCUCACAGCUGCCCACUGAGCAGCAGAGUAGCAUUCGGGUUCUCAGGGAUCAAAUUUCUAAAGCGCAGCAGGGUGUUGGUCGAUGAUAUGUUCGUUUGGUUUAUCUUGCUAGAUACAUGUGUGGUUUUUUUUUGAAUUUGAUGAGGGAGAAACUCUCUUGACUCAUGGAAAUGUUUAAUAAACAUGAUUUUCAGAAUAAAAAUGAUUUAUAAAAUGGAGAAAUGCAUUUUGAUGACGGAUCAGCGCGAAUAAAACGGG